GAGGCGGGCAUUCUCUGCCGUGGUGGACACUUUGAAGCACAAGAUUCAGGGGCUUGCCGAGAAGAAGGCACCACAGCUGACUGCGCUUCGAAAGGAACAUGGUGGCAAGGUUCUUGGUGAAACCACCGUUGGCCAGUGCAUCGGCGGCAUGCGUGGCAUCACAUGCAUGAUCAGUGAAACCUCGCUGCUGGACCCAAUGGAGGGCAUCCGCUACCGUGGACGUACCCUGCAGGACUGCAUGGAUCAGCUGCCCAAAGCGCCAGGGAGCAAAAUUGGUCUCCCAGAGGCAUCCUUUUGGCUUCUCUUGACAGAUGAGAUCCCCUCAGAUGCAGAAGUAAAGGCGCUCAACGAAGAGCUUCACAAGAGAUCUGCGCUGCCCGAGAGCGUGGUGAAGACGAUUGACAGUUUACCAAAGGACACCCAUCCGAUGACUCAGCUCAGCAUUGGCCUCUUGGCCCUGCAGCCCACCAGCGAGUUCGGCAAGGCAUACAGAUCUGGCACCUUGAAGAAGAAUGAGUAUUGGGUCUACACCUUGGAGGACGCGCUGUCCCUGGUGGCCAAAGUUCCUAUCCUGGCCGCUCGCAUCUUCCGGAAUGUAUUCAUGGAGGGCAAGCAUAUUCCAAGCGACCCAUCAAUGGAUUGGGCUGGCAACUAUGCCCAGAUGUUGGGUGUUUCUGAUGAUGCCUUGUUCAAGGAUGUGACCCGCAUGUACCUCAUGCUUCAUGCGGACCAUGAGGCGGGCAAUGUCUCGGCUCAUACCACUCACCUGGUUGGCAGUGCCUUGAGUGAUCCGUACUAUUCCUAUGCUGCUGGAGUUUGUGGCUUGGCUGGACCACUGCACGGUCUCGCCAAUCAGGAAUGCCUUCGUUGGUUAAAGAACACCAGGCAAGAACUGGGAGGCAAGGAACCCACAGUGGAGGUGCUGACACAGUUUGCAAAGGAUACAUUGGCCUCGGGCAAGGUGAUCCCAGGCUUUGGCCACGGCGUUUUGCGCAACACUGACCCGCGCUAUGUUAUUCAGCGACAGUUUGCCCAGGACAACUUCCCCAAUGACCCUCUGGUGAAGUUGGCAGAAGUUUGCUUCCAGGCUAUCCCACCUGUCCUGGAAGCCACUGGCAAGGUGAAGAAUCCUUGGCCAAACGUGGAUGCCCUUUCCGGCACUUGCAUGCUUUGA